ACCAUGAACACAGAUGCAGAACUGUUCUGUUCUGCUCUCUAGCUCAAGCUUGGAAGUGCUUCUAUUUUAAUCACUUCUAUUCACCUUUAGCACCUUUCUCCCCUUCUAACGACAGGAGUAAGCGCUAGCAGCUGACAGUACUGCGGCUCAGUCCCCUGGGCGGUCACUUCACCUCCUGUCUCUCGUCCCUGAUCCUCCGGCGCGAUGGAGAGAGUUCAACACAUCACCCGCUCAGCCAUACGCAGGGCCUCCGUCAUCGAGGUGAACCCGCAGACCAAACGCAACCUGCAGGAGCUCUUCGUCAACUUCUCGCUCAUCCUCAUCUGCCUGCUCCUCAUCUACAUCAUCGUCCUGCUGUUGUGAGGAUGGAAGACAUGCGUGGCCGAAGGAACCCGAGGCCUGGAUGGAGCUUGGGACAAGAACAGGACUUUCCCCACAUUAUUGCUGGCUUUUAUUACAUGGUGUGAUCAUAUUUAGAAAUUAGGAUGCUGGAUUUUUCUAGAUAUUUUCAUUUCUCUCCAUUUCUUACCAUAUGCACUACAGUCAACGAUACUUACUGUACAUUACCCUACACCUGUCACUAAAUCAGAUGUCUAUAUGAUUAUAUUUCAUAAAUACACAUUAUUAUCCAAGAAAAGCAAACUUGAAGGUAUUUAGCAUACAUACUGUCUCAGAAGUAAUAGGGCCAAGUAAAUAAAAUUAAAGGUGCAGUUUGUAAUUUUUAAAAGCUUUUCUAAAUUUAUAUCAAUUAUAUAUUAUCGAAGACUCCUGCAAUAUUCAAUAUUCACAAUAUUGAUAUGCAAUGGAUCUCACUACAUUAUUUGUUUCUGGCUUCUGUUUACAUUUUUCUGGCCCAGAAAUUACCAUCAACCUCACCAAAGAGCUGCUUAAAACCCAACCCAUGAAGCAUGUGUGCAGUCAGAGAGGAUGAGGAGAAAGACAAGGCCGGUUAAUGUUUUAAUCAUGUUUUUGUAAUCUCUUCUUAGCCAGCAGAGGAUGCUAAACAUCACAAAAAAUUAUUUUUACACACAAAAUCAAACAUUCUGGUUUCCCAAAAAAAAAAAAAAAAGUCUCCUGUUUUACUUUUGUUUCCUACUUUGUAAAUAAAGUAUGUAAAAAAUA